GUCGCACAGAAUUGUUUCCCCCUGACUGUUCGUCCGUCAACAUGGCCACUGCGGUGUGCGCCAGAUUCCUCCUUCACAGAUCAACUCCGGGGUUUCUGUUCUCCUCCAGGGCGGUACCCGCUUUUUCAAGCCCAUUUCUGUCUCGUGCUCAUAGACUGGAACCUGGUGAUGAUGAGUUGUACCAGCGUACCACAGUGUCCAUCAUGCAGAAGGAAUCCGGUGGAGGGAUCUUGAUCUCCUCCUACAGUGCUGCAGGUUUCAGCAUUGAUGGAAACAAGGUGUUUGGGCCCUGCGCUGUGCUGAGUCCUGCUAUCCUGCAGUGGAAUGUUGGCACUUAUAAAGACAUCACAGAGGAAAGUGUUUCACUCUUCCACAUGCUUGAACCAAGAAUAGAGAUUCUUGUGAUCGGUACAGGCCAACGGCUCGAACGGAUUGACCCCUCAGUGUUGGCUCUUCUUAGGCGUAAAGGCAUUGCUGUGGAGGUGCAGGACACGCCGAAUGCGUGUGCAACCUUCAACUUCCUGACCAGCGAGCGAAGGGUGGUGGCUGCCGGUCUGAUCCCUCCUUCUGGCAGCACGGCCCUCGAAGUGAAAGGGGAGUAAGUGUUGUGAUGUCAACAAGAACUGAUGACUGUAGAUGUGACUUCUGCACAAAGCUCCCAGAGGAACAAACCCAGCGACAUCCCGCUCUGAUACUUACAGCAGUUGCUUUAUUUAUUUAUAGAUGAAGGCAAUUAAAGCAGCCGCUGUCGCCCGGUGAUCCGAGGCAUGCUCUGUUGAGCCGCGAGCUACCACCAAUUUCAGAUUUCUCUACAAAGUAAAAACAAAUUGACAGUAGUUUUGUAUACUGAUGGUGUUGGGUUGACAUGCAGUCAGCAUUUGUACAUGAGACAGCACUGUUAUGAUGUCGGCAACCAAAUUUGGAUUUGAAAAUCUAGAUUUAGAGAUGAACGCAGCGAUGUGUGCAUGUGUUUAACAUGAACAAGUGCUCUGGUGAAUGUGAAGUGAGGUUGCCAGUGAUGGAGAAUAAAGUUUAUUUGUAUUCUUGUAUUUAA